AUGGCUCUCGACAGACUCAAGUCCGUUGCCCAGCAUGUCACUGGCACUGGCCCUCCUCCCCACCCCUUCGACCCUCUCUCCAAUGCAGAGAUUGACGCCGCAGUCCAGAUCCUGGGCAAGGAGUUUGGGCAGCUUAAUUACAAUGCAGUGACACUUAGGGAGCCUCCGAAGGCAGAAAUGCUGAAAUGGCUUGAGGAUUCAGUCAAUAUUUCAAGGCCCAGCAGAGUGGCAGAUGUUGUAGCCAUUGCGCCUGGUGGGAAAGUGUACGAUGGACUGGUGGAUUUGAAAACCGCCAAGGUCAUCAAGUGGGAUAUUUUAGAGGGAGUUCAGCCAUUGAUCACCAUGGAGGAUCUUCAGACUGUCGAGCAUGUUGUGCGAAAAGACCCAAAGGUCAUUGAGCAGUGCGUGAUUAGCGGUAUUCCGGCAGAAGAUAUGCACAAAGUCUUCUGCGAUCCUUGGACGAUUGGCUAUGAUCACAGAUUUGGAAAUAGCGUCCGACUUCAACAGGCGCUCAUGUACUACCGACCACAUAUAGAUGACAGCCAGUAUUCGUUCCCCCUCGAUUUUUGCCCCAUCUUCGAUGCAGACAAGGCAGAAAUUAUUCAUAUCGAUAUUCCCGAGAUCCGCAGACCUGUCAACAAGGCCAAACCCAACAACUACCACGUAGCAUCUAUUGAGCAGGAGGGCGGCUACCGAACGGACAUCAAGCCCAUCAACAUCACACAACCAGAGGGGGUCUCGUUCAAGGUUGAGGGACGUGUCAUUGAUUGGCAAAACUGGAAGGUCCACAUUGGCUUCAACUACAAGGAAGGCAUUGUGCUAAACAACAUCACAUACAAUGACAAGGGAACUGUACGGCCGAUCUUCUAUAGACUGUCCCUGGUGGAGAUGGUUGUUCCUUACGGAAACCCCGAGCAUCCUCAUCAGAGGAAGCAUGCAUUUGAUCUGGGAGAGUACGGCGGUGGUUACAUGACCAACAGUCUCUCCCUGGGCUGCGAUUGCAAAGGUGCAAUUCAUUACAUGGAUGCUGCCUUUGUCAACCGAGCAGGAGAGAGCACCACCAUCAAGAACGCUAUUUGUAUACACGAAGAAGAUGCGGGCGUCUUAUUCAAGCACACAGAUUUCCGUGACGAGUCAUGCAUAGUUACCCGAGGCCGCAAGCUCAUUAUCUCACACAUUUUCACGGCAGCCAACUACGAGUACUGCGUUUACUGGAUCUUCCAUCAAGACGGGACUGUUCAGCUGGAAAUCAAGCUCACUGGCAUCCUAAACACCUAUGCGAUGCUUCCAGGAGAGGACACCAAGGGAUGGGGAACUGAAGUCUACCCUGGAGUCAACGCACACAACCAUCAACAUCUCUUCUGCUUGCGAAUUGACCCCAACAUCGAUGGUCCUAACAACACUGUCUUCCAAGUUGAUGCAGCUCAAGGCGCUGGUGAGGUCGGUAGCAAAGAGAACCCAUACGGCAACGCUUUCUUUGCAAAGCGAACAAAGUACUCGACUGUGAGCGAGGCAAUCAGUGACUAUGAUGGCGUCACAUCACGAACCUGGGAUAUGUGCAACACAAACAAAAUCAACCCAUACAGCCACAAGCCAUCCAGCUACAAGCUCGUCAGCAGGGAAGUCCCGAGACUUCUCCCCAAGGAAGGAUCUCUCGUGUGGAAGCGAGCUGGUUUCGCAAGACAUGCCGUCCAUGUCACACAAUACGACGACGAGCAACUUUACCCAGCCGGCCGUCACGUGCCCCAAACAUCCGGCGAGCCAUCCAAAGGUAUCCCAGAGUGGAUUGCCAACGGUGACGCCUCCAUUGACAACACCGAUAUUGUUCUCUGGCACACCUUCGGUAUCACUCACUUCCCCGCGCCUGAAGACUUCCCCGUUAUGCCCGCAGAGCCGAUGUCGCUACUACUCCGACCACGAAACUUCUUCCUCAAGAACCCAGCUCUAGAUGUCCCACCCAGCUAUUGCAGCACCCCAAGUCAGAUUGCGAACAAGUCCAAGGUGACCGACGCCGCGGAUAAGAUGUCGAAGCUGGUCGUUACUGGUGGAGGUGCCGAGUGUUGUCAAAAGUAG